AUGUCAGAUAGACCAGUUCCUACACAAUGCAUUGGGUCAAGCCACCGGCCAACUGGUGAGAAACCCAGUGCCACGCUCUCAGCGGGAGUUAACUUUGAUAAUGUUUGCAUCCUUCCUCAAACCCCACAGCUAAUUGCCCUCCUCUCAAUGAUACGGAAUAAGAACACCGAGCGAGCCGACUUCAUUUUCUAUUCGAACCGUAUUAUUCGCCUCUUGGUAGAGGAAGGCCUCAAUCAUCUUCCUGUUAUAGCACAGACUAUCACCACACCAGUUGGCCGCACUUAUGAUGGGCUGAUGUUUCAGGGGAAGAUAUGUGGAGUUUCGAUUAUGCGAGCAGGCGAAGCGAUGGAACAAGGACUGAGAGAUUGCUGUCGGUCUGUUAGGAUCGGCAAAAUUCUUAUUCAACGAGAUGAAGAUACGGCGCAACCGAAACUCUUCUACGACAAGCUACCAGAAGAUAUUGCUGAUCGCUGGGUGCUUUUAUUGGACCCCAUGUUUGCAACAGGAGGAUCUGCCAUCAUGGCAGUACAAGUGUUGAAGGCACGUGGAGUACCGGAGGACCACAUUCUUUUCCUCAACAUCAUCGCUAGCCCGGAAGGCGUUAAUAAUUUUGCCACUAAGUUCCCUCGACUGAAAGUUGUCACUGCCUUCAUUGAUCAGGGUUUGGAUGAGAAGAAGUAUGAUUCAAGAGCCACGAACAAAGUGAAACUCGAGCUAACCUUCGUCAGCUAUAUCAUCCCGGGUCUAGGAGACUUUGGUGACAGGUUCUAUACAAUUUGA